AUGAAUAAGGACAAAUCGGUUUUACAAGGAUGUUUAUCAACGAUAUCCCAUCAAUCCAACUUGAUGAAACAGAACUUAAAUGAUAACAAUUUGUUGGUUGCAUUGAAGAAUAGUUCAAAUUUUCUAAACGAAUUGAGAGUCAAUCAAUUGUCCCCAAAACAAUACUAUGAGUUAUAUAUCAGUAUAUUUGAUUCAUUGGAAUACUUAUGUAAUCAUUUGGCUGGAAGUUAUAAUAUGAAGAAGAAGAAGAAUAAAGAUACUUCAUUUUUAUCGGAUUUGUAUGAAUUGGUUCAAUAUAGUGGGAAUAUUGUUCCUAGAUUAUAUAUGAUGAUUGCAGUUGGUACCACCUUCAUUUCAACUGGUGAUGCACCUACCGAAGCUAUUAUGAAAGAUAUGAUAGAGAUGUGUAGAGGAGUACAAAACCCUAUCAGAGGUCUUUUCUUAAGGUACUAUUUAAGUCAAAAAAUCAAAGAUUUGUUACCUAUCAGUAAUGAACAUGAAUUCAACAACACCGUUGAAUUCUUAAUAAAUAAUUUCAUUGAAAUGAAUAAGUUAUGGGUUAGAUUGCAACAUCAAGGUCAUUCAUCUGAAAGAGAAUUAAGAUAUAAGGAAAGAAAAGAAUUAAAGAUUUUGGUAGGUUCAAAUUUAGUCAGAUUAUCUCAAAUAAUUGAUGAUUAUAAUGAUGAUCAUUAUUCAUCUUCAAAUUUCUACAUGAAAAAGAUCUUCCCCAUCAUAACUGAGCAAAUCAUUCAAUGUAUAGAUCCCUUGGCUCAAAGUUAUUUGAUCGAUGUCAUUAUUCAAAUAUUCCCAGUGAAUUUCCAUUUUAAAACAUUGAAUGAACUUUUGACUAAAGUUAUACUUAAUUUAAAUCCUAUGUUGAAUAAAUCCGAAUUAAUCGACACUUUAAUCGAUAGAUUCAUCAAUUAUAAUGAUGAUGAAAUCAAUUUAAAUGAUUUUGAAAAACCAGAAGAUUUCGAAAUUUUGAAAAAAUCUCUUUUUGAUAAUUUCUGGAAAUUUUAUUUAUCCUUGGUUGAUAAAAAUUUACCUAUAAAAGAACACUCAAAUAUUUUAGUUAAUUAUUUGAAAUUAUCAAUAAAUUUCGAUAGAGAUAAUUAUGAAAAUUUGAAUAGAAUAUACCAAUUUUUGAGUGAAUACAAUUUUGACGAAAAUGAAGGAGAAAAUGUUGAAAACCUCCAUGAAAAGGAAGAAAUUUGGUUGAAUUUAUUGAUAAUUCCAAUCAGAAAUUUCGAAUCCAUCAUAAAUUUAUUGAAUUUACCAUUCUUCUCCGAAAUUUUCAAUAAAUUGACUAAUAAAUCUUACCAAAAGACCAUUUGUUUGGAGAUUUUGAACAAAUUAUUAGAUGCUGAAGAUAUAAUUAUUACUUCAACCGAUGAUAUCGAUAUUGUGUUCAAAUAUUUGUUGGUUUUGAUCAAAGAAUCCACUGAAUUGAACAUUUCUACCAAAAUGGGUAUCACCAAGAGUUUCAAAAUUAAUGAUAACAAAACUUUAACCAAUGAUUUCUUAACUAAUCAGAAUAAAAUUUGUAAGAUUUUGAGUAAAUUGAAUCAUAAAUCGACUGAUUUCUCCAAUAAAGUAAGCGAUUUGAUCUAUAUUAAGAAGAAAUAUUUAAGUAAGAAUAUUUCCAGCAUAAUUUUAACUUAUCCAACAUUGAUUCAAUUGAUUUUGAACAAUCUCAGAUUCUUAGGAAUGAUAAGAAAAUCUGAUAUCAAAGUAGUUAAUCAGUUCAAGGGUUUAUCUAUGAUCCUUGAUGAAUUGUACGAAUACCAUGGAGAUUAUUAUUCAGAUUUGAUUGUUAGCUUGUAUUUGAAUUUAGCUAUAGUUUGUGAUUCAUUGAAUUUAUCAACUUUAACUUUUGAAAUCUUCAACAAGAUUUUCAUUAUCUUUGAAGAAAAAUUGAUCCUUGGUCAAGGGAGUCCUUCAAAUUUGUUGAAUAUUAAUAAUGAUCCUCAUAAUUCUUUGAACUACAACUCUAUCCAAUACCAAACUAUCGUCACAGUUGUAAAUAAGUUGUAUUUUGUUAGAAAUUUGAGUAAAGAUGAUUAUCAGUCAUUGAUAACUAAGGUGACCUUAUAUGGAUCAAAGUUGUUGAAAAAGCAAGAUCAAUGUAGGGGAGUAUUUAAUUGUAGUCAUUUGUUCUGGUGGACAGAACCUUCACCUUAUCAAGUAGAGGACAGUGAAGAAAAGGAUGAAGAAGAAUCCAAAGAAACAAAAGAAACUGAAGAAACAAAAGAAACUGAAGAGACCAAAGAAACUGAAGAUCAUGAAGAACCUGAAGAAAUAGUCGAACCCAAAGAAAAAUAUUUGUUCAAAGAUGAUAAAAGAGUAUUAGAAUGUCUUCAAAAAUCUUUGAGAACUGCUGAUUCAUGUAUCGAUCCUUACUUAUCCAAUCAACUUUUCAUCGAAAUCUUGAACAAAUGUUUGGUAUUUGAAAUUUACGGAAAUGAAAUGAUCACUGCUAAUUACAUAAACAGAUUGAUCGAACUUAUAAAAACUAAUUUAGACAACUUGGUUGAUACUAAUAAUUUGAAAGAUAACGAUGAUAAAGAAUUCAAACUUUAUGUUGAAAUCAAAUCUUUCUUCAAUCGUACUUUAACUUUCAUUGAACAACAAAAAGAAGAUGAAGAAAGAUUCUUAGAUAUUGAAACUUAA